CAAAGGAAGAAAACAUUUGCUGAAGAUAGUGGUUAAGCGCGUUUGCCACUUGAAAAUUAGUACACUUUUCAUGAGGGCGCUUUGCAUCUAUAUUUAUUGUCACUUAUAAUUACUAUUCAUUAAUCGUAUCGAAACAUUCAAAAUCGACAACAAAUCGACAUAACUCGAUACGAAAAUUUUGGAAGCACUUAAUUUAUUUAUAGAUUUAUCCAUGAAGCUAGAAACAUGUUUAUAGGUUCAAAAUACAUCUCAGUUUCAGAAUAGAAAAGAAAAAAGAAGAAGACAAGUAUUUUCGUCGUGUUUUUUCUAUAAAGUUCUUGAACGUAUAUGUACGUAAUAAUAUACUAUAAAUCAAUAAAGACUAGGACAGACUAGGAUAAUAAGAAACACUAGUUAAGCAUCGCAGAGAACUAAUGCUGCCUCUAUUGAACAAUGAGAGAUGCCAAUCUUCUUUGAAAAUUUAAUCUGUGCAUAGUUUGUAUGUAUAUACAUAUGAACAUAUAUAUAUACGAAUGUCGAAGCGGACAUGGCGAAUUUCAGCGAGAAUUCACACGAAAUGACAGAAAAUAACAUGCAGCAACGUUGUAAUAUACAAUGGGUAAAAUUAAAUGUGGGCGGAACAUAUUUCUUAACUUCAAAAACUACAUUGUCUCGGGAUCCUAAUUCAUUUCUGUAUCGACUUUGUCAAGAAGAUUCGGACCUUAUAUCGGACAGGGAUGAAACUGGUGCUUACUUAAUAGACCGUGAUCCAACAUAUUUUAGUCCUAUCUUAAACUAUUUAAGACAUGGUAAAUUAGUUAUCAAUAAGGACUUAACUGAAGAAGGUGUAUUAGAAGAGGCAGAGUUUUAUAAUAUUACUGAACUAAUUCGACUAGUUAAGGAACGUAUUAUAAUGCGAGAUACAAGACCUUUAAGAGAUUCAAAGAAACAUGUCUACAGAGUAUUGCAAUGUCAUGAGGAUGAAUUAACACAAAUGGUGUCAACAAUGUCAGAUGGAUGGAAAUUUGAACAGCUAAUCAAUAUAGGCUCCCAAUAUAAUUAUGGAAAUGAUGACCAUGCUGAAUUCCUAUGUGUGGUGAGCCGUGAAUAUGGACCAAGUCAAAUCAAUAGCAAGGAGCAGGAAUCAACUGAUCGUGUUAAGGUCUUACAACAGAAGGGAUCUCGCAUGUAAUCUAAAUCCGUCCCUUAUUCCUUCUUGCCUCCUUUAAUUAAAUCAACUGUGCAGCAAGAAGAUGAAGACUGUAUCUGUUUAUUUAGUUAAUAGUUUAUUUUUUAAGAUUUGUAUAGUCUCCAUUUGUAAGGUUUCAUUUCUACAUGAUUGUAAUGUUGCAAAAGAAUAAUAUGCAGAACUGUAAAAAUUUUAAUUAUAUUUUCUACAGAUAUUUAUUAUUUAGCAAUAUUAUAUAUGAAACUUUUAAAGUGGAAACUAUUACACUUUCAUUAUUAAUGAAGGUAUUUACAUUUUCGUUUAUUUGUUGUAAUAGAAGAUACUACUUGCAUGGAGGAUAUUUCACUUACUCAAUAUAUUACAAUUUUAUAAAAAUUAACAAUUCUAAGAGAAUACCAUUCUUUAUUUUUUAAAUACAUUACAGUGAUUUCCUUUCAAAGGAGACAUACUAGGGGUAAAAUGGCAAACAUGUUACUAAUAACCAAAGUUAUUUAACAAUAGCUAAAGUUAUGUUUUAGCUUUACUGAGUUACUUUACGGACAAUAGUGUUUAUGGAAGUCAUCUUUUUCAUAAAAAAUUUCUACAAAGAAUAUAGAUAUACGUGGUAGUGCAUAGCUUAUUCUUUUGUAUCAAAUUUUUUGUAUAAAAUUUCUUUUUAUUUAUAAUUGUAUUAUUAGAUUCUCUAAAUUACUUACCUUGCACUGCCGCUACAAAACAUAAUGUACAUGAUAUUUAUAUAGCUAGCAUUAUAACUUUCAGUAUCUGGA